UGGACUCAACGCCGUUAACUGCAGCCGCCCCCAGCAUUCACCGGCGCUGUCAAAAGUGCCGCCGCCGUUCAAGCUCUUUGGUCUACUGAGCCAAUAAACCCCUCCGAUAGGAAAACCCUGCAAAAUUGCACAGCAGGCUAUACGAUAAAUCGAUAAUGACACCGCGAUCCUCACCUCAAAUCACACCAUAACUUGUGUCUCUGUGUGUGUGUGAGAGAGAGAGAGCUGAAACUUGAGGAGAGAGAGAGAGAGAGACAGCGAGAUAUGGGGGAGAGUUCAGGGUACAAAGAUUAUGUGGCGGGAAUGUUAGCCGGAGUUGCCACUGUGAUUGUCGGCCACCCAUUCGAUACAGUAAAGGUAAAACUCCAAAAACACAACACUUCUGCAGAUGGUAUAAAGUACAAGAAUGGAUUGCAUUGUGCUGCUAGGAUAUUGAAGGCUGAAGGAGUGAAAGGGCUCUACCGAGGAGCAACCUCGUCUUUUGUUGGGAUGGCUUUUGAAAGUUCACUUGCUUUUGGCAUUUAUUCACAAACAAAAAGGUUCCUUCAGGGAGGACUUGAAGGUGGUAAGCCACAGCCUCAUGUAAUAAUUCCAUCGGCAGCUUUAGCUGGAAGUAUAAUCAGCUUUAUAUUGUGCCCCUCAGAACUGGUUAAGUGUAGGAUACAAGUUCAGGGCACAGAUUCUCUCUUACUGAACUCCACCAGAUACAGUGGUCCUCUUGAUUGUGCCAUUAAAACAGUAAAAACAGGAGGGUUUACAGGCAUUUUUCAAGGAGGCUUCACGACCUUGUUAAGAGAAUCUGUAGGAAAUGUUGUUUUUUUUAGUACAUACGAAUAUGUACGUUAUCAAAUGCAUCUGCAAUUGAAAGGGGCUUCAUCUGAGUCAAAUCAAUUGGUUGAUGUGGGAGUUGGCAUAAUGAGUGGUGGCCUUGGUGGUAUAGCGUAUUGGUCUGCUGUUUUGCCAUUGGAUGUCGCAAAAACUAUAAUCCAAACCUCCCCUGAUAAAAGCCAUACAAGAAAUCCUUUUCAGAUUUUACAAAAGAUUUACAGGCUAUCCGGCCUUAGAGGAUGCUAUACAGGUUUAGGCCCUACUCUGGUUAGGGCUUUCCCUGCCAAUGCUGCUGCCAUAGUUACCUGGGAGCUAUCUGCAAAGAUCUUAGGGAUCAAACGUGAUUAAAACUGUUGCAAAAUUGAUUGCCUACUCUGUUAGGUAUUUCUUCUGAUGCCAUUGGCUUAAUGCUUUAGAGGCUGUCACCUAACACCUAAGUUUGUCACAUGACAAGAUUCGACAUUGACAUGGCCGGUCUCUAUGGUUCAACUAAUCUGACAUGACAUUUCACUUGAUUCAAAAUGCACAUCACAGCAAAGGAUCUUCCGAGAAAACUGAAAAUUUGAUCAAUUCCACAGUAUUGGCUGUUUUUUCUGCAAGAAAUUUUAGCCUUUUGUCUUCAGAAGGUUGGAGAAUCAUUAGCAUGACAUUGUGUUUGUUAAGCAUGCUUUUUUGAGUCCUGGAUGAUAGUCAAAAGGCUUGCAAUACACAAGAACUUGAUAUGUUCUUUUGAAACUAAUGUUAUAAUCAGUGAUUUUGUCUGGAAUGGUUCUUGCAUGAUGGCUGUUCAUUGCAAUUUCAAAGAAGACAGACAAUUCUUGUAUCUUGUUACAUGGUGAUGGAAAACAUUGAUUCUUAAUACAGCUAAACUCAUGAUUGAUGAUGCA